GGUUGAACAUAUUGACUAUAUGUACAUGCGGGACAUGAUGGUAGACCAGAACUUGUUACACUCCGCAUUUAUUGAUAGCAUGCAGCCAGGGUCUAUGGGCGAACGUCAUGUCCAGUGGCAACGGCAGCGGUAGGUUCGAUUUCGACGCAUCCUUCGGGUCAGAGACCAAUUCAAAAAAGUACAGGGAAGUUACUGGGAAUAAGGCUCGUGCAAAGCCAGGCCGAGACAACGGCGAUGUAAUGUCUGUGAGAAGACUCUUUGCCUCGUAUCCACGGAACCUUUAUCUGUGGAAAGCACCAGUAUGGCAAAAUUAUUGGGGGGAAAUACGGCUCAGGUUUCUUAUAACAAGAUCUAGAUCUGAGUACCUACUCGGUGAGGGGCAAGUUGGGCACGAGAGAUACACGAUCACCACCACUAGAUACUAGCUAUACCUUUUACAGAGUGCAAGACGAUAAUAUCUAGAAGAUAUCUUUACCAGGUGAUCAACAAAUUGUUGUGUUGCAGCAGUUGCAUAGUGUACAUGACUUCGAGGCAGCAGACGAUGAGAAUGUCUUUGCUAUGAUGACUAGAAGACGGAG